CUUAAUCCUCAGUUCCCCUCUACCUAUACAUCCAGCCUUACAUUACUCGCCUUCACGGGUGCCUUGGUCAGCUUGUCUGUGCUUGUGACUUUGCUUUACGCCUGUGCUGAUGAAUCUAUAACUCUAUUGUUAUUCGCCUCUUGAACACACCUUCAGCCUACAUAAACCCUCGCGCACCCCCACUCUACUCAUACAACAACUUACCCCCGAGAAUCUUCUGCCCAUAGACAUGGCGACGAUCAAGUUUGCGCCUUGGAAGUCCGAUGUAGAUGUGCAGUUCUAUGCUGCACUUGCGCAUAUCAAGAUUAAUCACGACAGACUCAACGACUCAGCACGUAAAGUACUCGGACUAUACGAUGUACGACCCGGCGACCACCCUUCACGAUCGAACCGGAUGCAAAUACAUCCAACCGCACUCACAUCAGAUGAUACACCUGCCAACUAUCUCCGGGGCGAGGGGAUAAUCAAGAACUUCAACACCCUUGAAGAGUACAGGAAUGCUGAUCGGGCCGCUGUUCUCGAGAGGGCAGCCCAGACCAUCUGGGAGGCAAUUCACGACGGAUCUAUCUACGAAUGCCCUUCGCUGCUUUCUUCUUUUACGCUUAUCACUUUCGCAAACCUCAAAAAAUACACUUUUACGUAUCAUUUUGGCUUUCCUGCGAUCCAGUCAGACCCACCGUGGCGCCAAGUAGGGGAUUUCAGUAAGCUUUCGGAAAAGGAGACGACCCCGUUGGUAGAUGCUGUACAAACAUGGCGAUAUAGCUCCGAUGCGCGUCAAAGGGGCUUCUUCAUAGCGAAGCGCGUACGAGGUGAUGUGGACUCCGAGGAGCAGCCCAAGGCCCCAGAUACACCCGUUGAUGACCUGGGAUUCAGAUGGGUGAUUGGUCGACUAGAGGCUUUUGAGAAAGGAUUCUUUGACGGAGUGAACGAAGAGGAUCGCUUCGUGAGCUUCGCUGACACCUCCACAUAUGCUGAUAAUCCCGGCUGGAUGCUUCGGAAUCUUUUGGCCCUCAUGCAACAUCGUUGGAAACUCACCAGUGCUCAAAUCCUUUGCUACCGCGACACUCAUCUACGCAGAGAUCAGGCGAAUUCACUCAUCCUCAAGGUUCAAGCAGAUCCACCAUCUUCGACAGAAGAAGCCUCUGCACGACCUCGUACUCCAAAACUGCCCAAAGUCACAGGCUGGGAACGAAACGAUGCUGGGAAACUCAUCUCUCGAUCCGUGGAUCUUUCAGAAUACAUGGAUGAGCGCAAGCUAGCAGAUCAGGCCGUAGAUCUGAACCUCAAACUCAUCAAGUGGCGAAUUGCACCUUCUAUAGACCUCGACGUCGUCAAAAAUUGCAAAUGUCUCCUGCUCGGAGCGGGCACUCUUGGAUCAUACGUCUCAAGAACUUUACUGGGAUGGGGUGUAAGAAAGAUUACCUUUGUCGACAACGCCAAAGUCAGCUUUUCGAAUCCGGUCCGACAGCCACUUUUCAAUUUUAAAGAUUGUGUACAAGGAGGUGCAAGAAAAGCUGAGCGUGCGGCUGAAGCGCUUCAAGAAAUAUACCCUGGUGCGGACGCUGCUGGCCAUGUCAUGGAAGUGCCUAUGGCUGGGCAUCCUAUCACUGACCAGACCAAGACAAAGGCCAACUUCGACAAGCUAAAGCAAUUAAUAGACGAACACGAUGCUAUCUUUCUGCUCAUGGAUACUCGUGAGAGUCGCUGGCUCCCAACGGUCAUGGGAAAAGCUGCCGGCAAGAUCGUUCUCAAUGCUGCGCUCGGGUUUGACACAUAUGUUGUGAUGCGGCACGGAUUGAAGGCUUCAGGGGAAGGCGAGAUUGAGCUAGGCUGCUACUUUUGCAACGAUGUUGUUGCGCCUGCUGAUUCACUAAAAGAUGCUACUCUCGACCAGCAAUGCACGGUGACACGCCCUGGUGUGGCACCUUUGGCAUCGAGUUUAUUGACAGAGCUUCUGGUCAGCAUUCUGCAGCAUCCACUAAAGGCACGAGCACCCACCGGAGCCAACCCGCCAUCGCAGCCAUCGCACCCCUCUCUCCCUCCGCCAUUCGUGCAUCCACUUGGGCUAGUGCCGCAUACAAUCCGGGGCUAUUUGGGCAAUUUCAAUAACAUACAAGUGGAGGGCAAGCCGUACGACUGCUGUUCCGCUUGCAGUGAUACAAUCAUUGACCUUUAUCAACAAGACCCAUGGGACUUCGUCCAAAGGGCUCUAAAUGAGAAGGGUUGGGUAGAGGAAGUGUCUGGCUUAGCAGAGGUCCAGAGAAAAGCCGACGCAGCCGCCGAUGGUCUCGAAUGGGAUGAGGAGGGCGAACUUGAAGAAGAAGGGGAGGGGGAGCUGAUAUAA